GCCGAAUGUACCAGUUUUAACUCCAAUAUACUGCGGUUCUGGCGUUCGCCUUCGAUUUUACUGCUUAAUGUAAAGCAACAAGUGCUAACAAGUUCAGAUCUGUAGGUUGAGCUUCUUGCGGCUUGAAUAUGGACGGCUGCCCUCCAGAGAUAUGGCAACAUAUAUUCUCGUUUGCUUGUGUGGAUGGUGGCUAUACCGGCCGCUCUCUCUCUCUGGUGUCUAGGUUUUUCCUUUCCAAUGAAGUAUCUCAGCAUUUCUGUGAAGGGUCCCGAGAAAAUAUGCCAACUUGCCUCCAUCCUGGAAGAAGCCACGUAUCAUAUACGAAUCAAACAUCUUUAUAUGUCGUGGACACCGGUGUCUCGAACACCACCUCCUGAUUUCGACAUCACUUUGCUCAAAGAUUCUGAUGUGGUUCACGCACUCUGCUCAUAUAAUCUAACCAGAGAGGAGGCAAAGAUUCUUCGCGACAGGAUAGCCGAUGAUGCAACCCUGGAGUCAGAGCAUGUCAAAUGGGUCGGAGACCUGAAGUUAGCGACUAGACACGCAGCAGAACGCCUGUUACCACUGGUCGCCAGCGACCUCAACUCAUUGUCCGCGACGUUCUCUUUCGGAAUGCAUAUUCCCCCAUCUCUGUGGUCCACCUACUUCCCAGAGCUCCGCGAGUUGACCAUUUUUGGAUGUUCAAUAGAUCGCUUCGAGUUCUCCGAGUCAUCCAUCAUUCCGACCACAGAUGUCGUAUUUCCUGCAUUGCUGUUCUUGCAUUUAGCAUAUUGCGACAAAGACAUAGAACUCUUCACGACACGAGCACCGCACCUCACUCAUUUGCGACUUUCUGAAGUUAUGGGUCUCUCUACACGCUCCCCCGUGUCAAACUUGUCGAAGUCAAUUUGUAGCGUCGCUUCAGGAAUGCUGCAGACAGAGGAAAAACAGAUGAUUUUCCCUUGGUCUUUGCGGAGAAUAUUGUUGCAACCUCCUGAAGCCACAACUGUCAUGAUGCGUGCUCUUACGAGGAGAACGAUCAGCAGAUAUGCCGCUCUGCUCAGGGCAGACAAGAAAGAUGUGGUUCGCUUACUAGAUCCACUUCCACGAAGAUCACUUUCGGAUGCCGUGCGUGGUUCUUCAUACGGCCUUAAUGAUGUAGAGAAAGAUUGGCAGGAGCGUAUGAAAGGAGGUACAGGUUGCUGGCGGGAGGAAGGGGAGGAUAUUAUCUCUGUGCGCCAUACGAAGCUCAGUGUCCUUCGUGACGUAUUUGGCGACGACUUCCAGCUGUAAUUGUCUGGCCGAUCGUACGUGUUGUUUUCUUAUUGCUCAGUCGACGGCACGGAUUGUUGCUGACCUACCCUUGCAGGAUCAUUCGGCGAUGCUUCUAUGAAGUACAUCAAUAUCGGGUGUGUUGAGCGGGAUUUUCCCGCGCAUUAUUGUGAUUUCACGCUAUCAUCAUCUUUAUCAUGACAAGUUCCUCCGUAUCCUGGAUGUCUCGCUUUGGCACCGAACACCAGAUACACCGCAGAAUGGAUGGUCUUGGUAUUUAAGUCCUUAUUCAAUGACAUUAUGUAUGAGUCGUUGAACGGCCAUCCUCUGCCCACCCAAUCACCACCGCCCAAGGGGGCGCCGCGCAAAGCAGAUCCGAUGUCCUUUCAUUAUGUUUCAAGUUUCAAGUCCUCAUGUUCCGUCUUUUACUCAGAUGCCGUCCUGAUACUGACGCGCCACUCAGUGACGUGAUGAGCAGCAAGUAACUCAUAACGUCCGACUACGUACUUACUCGCAUUUCUGCAUCGCCGUAGCCCUCGUGGACGUUGCGAGAAUAGUUCUCAUAUCCGUGCGCCAACGGUAUCAUGAUUCUUCUGAGAUGUGAGUCUUGGAAGACGGGAGAUAGUAUCGGAGACGAGAAAGAAGGCAAUUGCAUUAUCUUCACUUUACUGCACGACAAGGGUGCAAUCAGGACUUCUCCGGGGCCUUGAGUCAGCGGUGGAAGACGUCCGCAAGCCCCAAGCAGAGUCCA